AUGGCCAAGCCAAGAGUCAUCUAUUGGUUCCGCACCGAUCUCCGACUUCACGAUUCUCCAGCUUUAAAGGCCGCGCUGGAUCUCGAGCCAGCUGUUUUGUGGCCCAUAUUCACUUGGGAUCCGCAUUAUGUCUACCACGCCAGAGGCGGCACAAAUAGAUGGCAAUUUCUAUUAGACUGCCAGAAUGAUCUUUCCGAAUCCAUCAGCAGAUUGAAUCCCAAAUCAAAGCUAUUCGUGCUUCGAGAAGGUCCCCAGACACUUUUCCCCAAGCUCUUCAAGGCUUGGCAUGUCACUCAUCUAGUUUUUGAAAAGGAUACCGACUCAUAUGCUCGGGGACGUGAUGCCGUCGUAACCAGGGCAGCCGAGGCUGCCGGCGUGCAGGUCGUGGUUCGAUCGGGCAGGACGUUGUGGGACAGUGACGAAAUCGUCUCCAAAAAUGGUGGCAAUCCAACCAUGUCCAUGACUUCCCUGCUAUCCGCCUCUAAAAAAAUUGGUCAGGUUCCGCGACCAAUUUUCGCGCCAACCUGCCUGCCCGAUCCGGCCGAAAUGCCCGUUGACUUUGAUCAUAAUCAGCCAAGCACAGGGCCAGAUAGAAAUGCUCAGGGGAGGCCGGGAAACGACGCUACAUAUAAACACAUUGCUGGUCCAAAGGGUGACUUUGCCAUAGAGACGUUAGAAGAACUGGGGUUUGAACCGGCAACUACACCUCACAAAGGGGGAGAAAAUCGAGCCCUGAAACACUUGAAGGCAAUUGUCGAGGACAAAAAGUAUGCGGCUACUUUUGAGAAGCCCAAAACCAGCCCUGCGCUGUUUGAGCCCCAAUCGACCACGUUGCUCUCGCCGUUCCUUCACUUUGGCGCCCUCUCGGUGAGAGAGUUCUAUUGGCAAGUUCAAGACGUCGUCAGUUCCUAUGGAAAGGGAGCGUCCACCCCUCCGGAAAGUCUUACGGGGCAGUUGAUAUUCCGCGAUAUGUAUUUUGCAGCGCAAGCAGCCAUAGGGGACCACUUCCACCAGACGGCUGGCAACGCACACUGCCGAUUUAUACCCUGGCAUCUGCCAUCCAAGACGGAUGCUGAUACUGGUCUUACGACCGGCGAAUAUCACAUCGACUCUCAACAGGCGGAGAAAUGGUUCCAGCGGUGGAAACUGGGCGUCACGGGAUUUCCGUGGAUUGACGCGCUUAUGCGGCAGCUUCGUCACGAUGGGUGGAUUCAUCAUCUCGGUCGCCACAGCGUAGCCUGCUUUCUUACCAGAGGAGGGUGCUACAUUGACUGGGAGCGAGGCGCAGAAGUCUUUGAGGAAUAUCUGCUCGACCAUGAGCCAGCCUGCAACGCUGGUAACUGGCAAUGGCUGUCCUGCACAGCCUUCUUCUCGCAGUAUUUCAGAUGCUACAGCCCGAUCUCGUUUGGGCAGAAAUGGGACAAGAACGGCGAUCUGAUUCGUCGCUGGGUGCCGGAACUGAAGCAUCUGAAUGCCAGGUACAUUUACGAACCUUGGAAAGCGCCCAUACAGGAUCAAAAGAAGGCGGGAGUCCGGGUUACCGGGGACGGGUUGUCUGACGCGGGAAACGGCACCUACCCGAAACCCAUGUUCGAUUUCAACGAAAGACGAGAUAUAUGUCUCUCCGCAAUGAAAACGGCGUAUGGUGUUGGCUUGCGUGGGGAUGACAAGAGGGUGUCGAACGGAGGCUGGAGAGAAAUGUUUUCCGAGGGAAACGGAGAAAUACAAGGCCGGUUCGACAGCGAUGCGGGCGAAAGUGCGGACGAUGGUGACAAGGAGAGGGAGAAUGUCGGGGCGAAGAGACGCAGAAAGCCGAGCUCAGGAGCGGCGCCGAAGAAGCUGAAGACGCAAAAGUAA